CUCCUAAUAUUCCCCGUCAAGACCGUGACUUCUUCUUCCUUAACUCAGAUCUAACGGCUAUUGUUAUUUCCUUUCGUUAAUCAACCGUCAGAUUUUCAUCUAACGGUCAAUAUUGAAUCUAACUCCUUUUUUAUUGUCUCUUAAAAUAAUCCCAAACCCAUUUCAAAGCUUUCUCUCUCUCUCUUUCUCGAUCUCUCUUAAGCAAAGUGAGCUUCUUCUUCUUCUUCCUUUUUUUAGCUUCGCCGUGAAAACUCUCCGGUAGGGGAAACAAAAAAGGCAAACAAGAACAAGAUUUUGCUGGAGUUGAGAGAUCUCUCUUCUUCUUUUCCGUUUUGCGAUGCUCGGCACGGUGGUGCAGUGCUGGUUAACGUAUUACCGUUUAAGAUUUGGCCGGGAAAAUCGAGAAAGAAAGUGGUGAUUUUACCGUUUUUGUUUCUUGUUUUUUUUUCGCGGAGAUGAGCCAAAAGAAACUGACCAGGACUCAAUCGUCGUUACUCAGAUCAUCUCCGACGAUUCGAUCGUCGAUUCAAAGCCUUUCUUCAAUCACUGAAUGUGAUGACUUCAACGAAAUCUCUCACCACCGCCGUGAACAAGAUCUAGAAGCCGGUGAGAAAGAGGAGAAACAGAGGAGGAGAAAACCGGUUAAAUCAUUCGGGUCGAUUAACCGAAUUAAACCGGGUCUCGCAUUCACACUCGCCUGUCUCUCUUUCCUAAGUCUCUCAUCUUUCUUACUAUUCUUCAUUGAUGAGAUUUUCACGUCGGAGAAUCUGUUACUAGGUUUGAUUUUCGUCGCUCUUGCUCUGUUCUUCGCAUCGAGAAACAUGGCGGUUAUUAACCAAACCGUAAUCGCAAUCAAACAGAUUCGCGUAAGGUCUCGAAUCAAACACAAACAUAAACCGGUUCAAUGGUACAUCGGAGAUACAAAACCGGAACCGAUCAAAGAAGAAGCACAAAGACUGGUCGUGAAAGAAGGAGUUCAAUAUUUUAGCAAUGGAUUCUACGAAGGUGAAUUCAACAGAGGGAAGUGUAACGGAAGUGGAGUGUACUAUUAUUUCGUUAAUGGAAGAUAUGAAGGAGAUUGGAUCAAUGGAAGAUACGAUGGUUAUGGAAUCGAGUGUUGGUCUAAAGGAAGUAAAUAUAAAGGACAGUAUAAGCAAGGACUUAGACAUGGUUAUGGAGUUUACUGGUUUUACACCGGAGAUUCUUACUCCGGUGAAUGGUUUAACGGUCAAAGCCAUGGCUUUGGUGUUCAAACUUGUGCUGAUGGUAGCUCUUUUGUCGGAGAAUUCAAAUUUGGUGUCAAACAUGGACUUGGUUCUUACCAUUUCAGGAAUGGAGAUAAGUAUGCAGGAGAGUAUUUUGGAGAUAAGAUUCAUGGAUUUGGUGUUUAUCAUUUCGCUAAUGGUCAUUAUUACGAAGGAGCUUGGCAUGAAGGUCGUAAACAAGGCUAUGGCACGUAUAGAUUCAGAACCGGUGAUAUUAAAUCCGGUGAAUGGGACGAUGGUAGUCUCGUUAACCAUCUUUCUCCAGACUCUGACCCGGUUCGUAGAGCGGUUCAGAGUGCUCGAGAGAGAGCGAAGAAUGGAGUGAAUCAGAGACGGGUCGAUGAGCAUGUGAUACGAGCUGUGGCUGCGGCCAAUAAAGCUGCGACGGCUGCUAGAGUUGCAGCUGUGAAAGCCGUUCAAAAUCAAAUGGAUGGUAAAAUUUGUGACAAUUAAAGAUGACAUAGAGAAAUGUUUAUAUCUCUUUUUUUUUUUUUAUGUAGCCCUGGUGAGCUUAAAUUAUGAGAAGCUUUACUAUGGAGGGUUUUUUUACAUUUUUUUCUAACUAAUGUAAAUGUACAUAGAAGAAGUAUUGUUUGGCUUUUCAUUUUUGUAAAAGAAAAAAAAUAUGUGGAUUAUUGGAUUGAUGUUUUGAUAUU